AUAGAAAUUUUAACCAUCAAGAAAACAAAACGUAUUUGCUUCGUAAAAAAUAUCACAACAAUGUCUUCAUCACGGUUUUUAAUCCUUUGUAUCAUCCUGAUUUCUUUCUUUCCUCUUCAUGAAUGUGAAAAUGGAAAAAGUGUUGAAUCGAACAAGGCAAUGAAACCAGUUUGCAUGCCAGUGAAUUGCAACAAUAAAGACAAAAAACUCACUUGUGCUUGUUGUAUCGGGGCCAACCCUAGGAAUAGGUGCUACAAUAGCAGAUCACAAUGUACGGCUGACUGCAAACUUUGAAGGCAUAGCUAGUUACCUCCACUAAGGAAUUAAAAAACUUGAUCAGCGUUUACGUAUGUUUUUCAUGUUGUCAUACUGUUCAUCUUUUAAUUUUUUCAGAGUAUGUUGCGGUCUACGAGUUUUCAAGAAUAAAACAGUUUAUGCUUAUGUAAUUGUGUUAGUCAUUAUCUUUUCGGAUUUCAUCGAGAUAUCCUUUGAGUUUUUCAAAGAAAAAACUAAUAUUUUAAUAAAUAUUAGUUUUAUAACUAAAUUUUUAAUUAUAAAAUAAAAUUUACCUAAUAGUUGAUAUACACGUAUUUUUAUGGGUUUUUCAGAGUUUUUCGCUUGAGAGAUUCUCUCCACUCUCUUUCAUAUUUUUUUAUUAUAUUUUAUUUUUUAUAUUGGACAGUUUUUCAAUGAGAAACCGUUGAUAGAGAUGGUCUUAGUUCUUCUAUCCUUUGAUCUAAGAGUUCGUAUGCAUUUGUUAUUUCUACUUCAGUUUACCAUAUUGUUUUUCAGAGGAACCUUAUCAUAACUCCAUUCAAUU